CACCAGUCUCUGAGAUAACACUUAUGAAAUCUCAACAUUUGACUGAGAUUUUUGGACUGCUAUCUCAUAUUAACGAACAAAUUAAAUUUUCUAUUAAUGAUGUAUUUGAUUUCAAAACUUAUAAAAGAGAUAAUAAAACUCAUAAAGAACAGAAUUUGACUAUGAUUUCUGAACCAUUACCUUAUAUUAAUGAACAAAUUGAAUUAUCAGAAAACUUGUAUGAAAAAGAUAAUAAAACUCAUAGAGAACAGCAUUUAACUGAGAUUUCUGGACCGCUAUCUAAUAUUAAUAAACAAAUUGAAUUAUCAGAAAACUUAUAUGAAAGAGAUAAUGAAACUUAUAGAGGACAGCAUUUGACUAAAAUUUUUGAAUUGCUACCUCAUAUUAACAAACAAAUUGAAUCAUAUGAAAGAGAUAAUAAAACUUAUAAAGGACAGCAUUUGACUGAGAUUUCUAGACCACUACCUCAUAUUAAUGAACAAAUUGAAUUUUCUAUUAAUGAUACAUUUUCAAUCUGUAAUAAAACUGACAAAAAUGGCCAUUUAACGAAUUUAUUCUACAAAUGUAAAUUUGAUGAUACAUAUCAAGCAAAAAAAACUGUAAACCUACAAAGUCAGCAUAAUAAGAGCUCAAAAAAAGUUAAUUGUACUUGGAAGCCUAAUUUGUCAUUAGCAACAGGUUUUAUCCAUAUUAUUAGUUUAGAUAAUCAUCAUGUUAAACACCAGCUUUUACCAGAUACCAGGAUCUUUGCUCCUAUUAACUGUCGAUUCUCUGACAAAUGUCAUAAGGAUAUUUGCCACUUAGUAGUUAGUAGACAAUAUGAUUUAUCAACAAUAAGGUCUCUUUUAUCCAGUAAAUAUCCAAAUCAGCCUUUUUUUACAAGGAAUCUUGCUAAUACUGUGGCACAGUUACGGCAAGAAUAUCGUGUUAUUCAGAAUUUAGAAAAAGCAACAGAGAUUCCACCAAGGGUUUUAAUAACAGACAAAGAUCUUUCAAUGAAACAUGUUAGCAAGCUUGGCAAACAGUAUUCUGAUUUUAUUAAAGACUUUUACCAAGCAUAUAAUAGUUUAAGCAAAAGUGUAUUUGAAAUUAGUAAACAAAUUGAUAAGUACUUAAUGCCGAAUUUAGUAGCUGAACAACAAAAACAAAUAGUUCAGUUUACAAUAUACCAAGCUCAAGUACUCUUACUUAGUAACACUAAUUUAAAUAAUCAAUCAAAUUUUGCUAAUUUUCAUAUAAUGCUAUUGCCUAUACGAUGGUGUAAAAAUGAAGUAACAGAAUCUAAACGGUCUCAAGAACCAUUUUUAAUAGCAAGUUGUAAUACUGAGUUAGCUCCAAUUACACACCAAUUAAGUACUAUGACAAAUAUGAACUUAUUUCGAAUUGAUAAUAAUCAAGAAAAUAAGUUUCAAGAACGCAUAGAAAAGAAAGCUAUUACUUUACAAGAUAGUGAUAAAAAUGAUUAUGAGUUGGAAACUUUCUUGAAGAAUUAUGUUGAAAAGAAAAAAAUUAAAAUUGAGAGAGAAACACAACAAAAGAAGUUUCGAAUUUUUAAGGAGUAUCAGAAUUCAGAUAUUCUAUCUAUACAAAUUGGUGAACAAUUAGUUUCUAUCGAAAAUGUUGCAGAUCCUGCAUAUCAUGUUAGUAAAGAGGUGCUAUACAAAAAGUGUAUUAAAGGGGAACAAGAAAAAUACCAG